CGUCUGUUCUUUUUUGUCCUUUAACUCCAUUUCUCCCCAAUUGAGUUGACUGGGGCUUACCCUCUCGACUUGGGGAACUCGAAAAAGAAUCCAUGUCCCGUCUGCAGCAGGAAGCUCUCCAGUCACAUCCCAAACCCGCUUCGAAUCCAGACAGAUAUUUCUUCAUCCUCCUUUACAAUACGCCAAUAACUCUAUGAUUCUGAGAAUGAGAAUAUUGGAAGAUUGAGUUUCCUCUCUCCCGGCAGUCGAAGAACAUGGAUCCUGCCGUUCCAAGACCUCCGGAGGCAAACGCUCCUUCGCGCGAUCCACGCCUCGCAAGCCGACCAGGCCGACCUCCUCUCGUUGGGAGAGACUCUCACAGUCUGCCUAACGAACCGCAAAACUCUCACGAGACAUCGGGUGACCUUCUUGUGCGAGGAAUCAGCGACCUUGUCCAAGAAUGUAUAGUUGCAGCGAACCACCGCAACGAAAAGGAACGGCUACAAAAUAGAAUAGAGAAAACAGAUGGAUUAUUGAGAAGAGCCAAGGCACACUCAAAUUUUCCUUCUAUUGGGACAUUCUUUCAGCAGGCCAGGAAUGAAGAGGAGGUCGAGGCCACGCGCCUUGAUGAGACCAUGAAAGACCGCUCGUCGGCUCUCCAUCAACUUGAAAACAGUCUAAAGUCUCUAUUUGGCUCUAUGUUUCAGCGCUGUUCUAGGGCGGAAGAAGAGGUUGCCAGACUAAGAACCGAAUUUGAUGGAAAGAAUAGUCGGCUGCGAGCCGAGUUCAGUGCGGAGAACGAAAGACUACGAACCGAGCUCUCCAAUCGGCAGAGUCAAAUAGAAGACCAACAAUCUCACCUUAAUAGAUUACAAGGUGAACUCAUCAUAAUCCGUUCAGUCGCUCAGAAAGCACAAACUGAUAGCUUGGAUGUUAAACGCGACAUUGAGAAGUUACGUGACACCAAUCGCAGCCAUCCGGAGUCAGCUGAGAGGACAACAGGUUUGCAGAACCGAGUCGUGAGGUUGGAAAAGUUAACAGCAGAUCAUUCCAAGGCUAUCAGCGCCUUAUCAGUACAAUCGAAAGACUUCGAGGGCCGCAUGGAAAAGUUGAAUUCCACAUCAAUAUCCACUCUAUCAAACCAAGUCAUGCCUCAGAAAUGGUUGGAAGAGAGAAUAGAAAGGCCAACGUCCAAAAUGGAACAGCGCAUCUCAUCUCCCUUCGAUUGUCAAAGCCCGACAGAUCAGCCCACGCAAUCAAAAUGCUCAUCGCAGCGUUACUUGCAAGCAGAAACUGAUCAGAAACUUGCAUCACUUAGGGGUGAAAUAUCAGAGCUGUUGGCUUUUCAGAAAUCAUGCUCUGAACAGCUUCUUCGAAUGGACAAUACCAUUGUUAAAUAUGAGGAGAAGCUUGAAUUACUCGGUGGCAUGGAGGCUAAGAUAGUCAAUUUGGAAAAGGCAUCGAUGGAGAAGAUCGGGCCAUUCGACAGCCGCUUAACGACGCUGGAUAACAAGUAUGAAUCUGGCCUUAGCAGUGUUUCAAAAACAGUGGCAGAGAAAAGCGACGGCUCUGAAUUUGAACUUCGAGUCAAGGAUGUUGAAUCACGAUUGCAGAGAGUCGAACAAGUCGUCCUUCAUUGCCGUGAGUUGGAUGCCAAGAUCGAAGAACUUUCUACCCAGUUGAGCAGAAUAUGUGAUAUGCAAGCCAUGAAAGACGAUCUUCAGUUUUCCACUGUUGAAGAGGUGAAGCAAUCAUUGACCACGAGGAUGGGGCAAGUUGCGGAGCAAUGUGCUGCCUUGAAAAAUGGCCUCGAUCACGUUUCAACAGAAUACAACCGCAUCUCAGAAGAGGUGAAGAGCCUUGCAUGUGCCAACCCCCUCGCGUUUGAGCGUUCAAUUGAGAAUCAGUCGCAAUCCAUUCAAAGAUUGGGGCAUGUCGUUGAAACAGUUCGAAUGGGGCUGCAUUCGUUGGAAAUGCGUUAUAAUGGUCUGUCAACGGAACCAAUUUUGAAAAACAUGGUUGCAGCGAUGCAGGAAAUGUAUCCCUCUGCGGGUGCGUUAAUCGAUCAAGUUACGGCUCUGAGAACGCAAGUGAAUAAUCUAGCCCUCCCUGAUCUUAGGGCGAGGCUUAAUAUGAUGUCAGAUGACUGGAAUCGCCUAAACCAAUCCCUUGCAGCUGUAUGGGAGAAGGUUAAUCAGCAAACUCAGUGGCCUGCCCAGCAGUUCAAGGAGCUGCAGACCAACGUAGUCAGCAUUGACCAAAAACUAAGUUCACAUGUCUUGUCAAUGGAGCAGCAAGCGAAAUUAAAGCAAGAGGCAGACAAAGUACUAAUGCAGAGCCUGAAUGAGGAGCGAAACCGGCUUGACGGUCAGGUGGGAUUGUUGAGCAGCGAAAUGAAAAGCCUGACUGGCCAAGUUUCGGAAUUGAAAUCUGCUAAGGAGGUCGACUCGCAGGAAGCCAAACGCUACAUAAAAUCUAUUCUUGACCGUCUGGAGAAGGUUGAAGAGGUAUUGGAGGAAAGUGAAAAGCGGGAUGAGGGCUCCUCUUCAGCACGUCCGCAUCCCGGUGAAGGAACAGGAAGAGCAGCCAAACUGUCCUGGUCCGCUAGCCCACCACCUAAGACGGAACCAAGCGCCUCAGAGGCAGAGCUCGACCCUGAACCGAAUUCUCACCCUUCCUCCGAAGAGCUGGCGAGGGAACAGCGCAUGGCAGCGGAGGCCAACGCGGCUGUCGCUGUACGCAAUCAUAAGAAAAAGAAGAGAAAGCGAUCUUCAGCAGCAGGCAUAGAACAUUUAUGGGAGUUGUCAGAAGAUGAAAUGUCGACGUCAGGUGGUAGUAAUACUCCGUCCGCGUCACAGAAGGGAAACUACCCUGCAGUCGCUGAUAAAAAUGUCAAUGCCGGAUCGCAUGGUUCUCGAGGGAAGAUUAAACCUAAAAAGAAGAAAUGCGAGUUUCAUGUGGGUGAACCCAUUACCAUCGACUAGGUGGAAACCUAUGGGAUAUGCAUCUUCGCUUCUCUUCCUGGGCACAUCUUAUCUCAGCAGUCCCCACACAUGCCAUGCAUCAUUCGUUGCCCGGCUGGGUUGACAGGCAGCAAUGACAACUUUGCAAUUUAGAUACUAUGGUAUCUGUUAUAGUGACAUCGGGCUUGAUACCCUAAUCACUUUUUGAUGCGUCCAGCGAUUUCAGAUCCGACAAAGAGUCUAAAGCUAGAUCCUGAAACUGGCACGCUGGAAAUUUUGUGAAGACGAUAUGGAACUCGAUUCACAAGGUUGUCAUCGCAUGCCACUGGGGGUUCUCCAUGUCCGAAUAUGAUGGCUGCCUGUCUGCCAAGAUUAUACUGAGUUGGCAUUUUAGAAAUGCGUUCUGGAAGGACUCUAGAACCCCCAUUGGAUUGAAGAACCCACUUUUGAUUUCCAAAAAUAGCCAUUUAUGACGCCAUGCCGCAUGGAUGCAUCUAUGAUUGUCCAGUUGGCGGUUGCCAUUUCAAUAUGCCAUAUCAUCUGUGUAUAUAUUCUCACAUCAUGCAGAGAAUCCCCAGGCAAGGCAUCGAUUGACCAAAUAGGGGCAUAGUGCUGCUAUGUACAUUUUUGUCAAUAAGUUGUAUAAGAACUGACAUACUCCUAUUUCUGUAUCUAUCUCUACCAGGGCUUAGGGGCCAGCCCUAACAGACCGUAUAUAAGAUAGGGUUCCGGCCCAGCAUUGGGGCCUUUUUGAUAAUAGCAUAAUUACAUUUCCCUGGACAUUCGCAACAGUUUAUGCUUUUGG